AUGACUUUGCUGCCCGCUCCGCCUGUGCUUCAAGCUUCCGUGUCGACGCAGGAAGAAAGUCUUGUAGAACGACUCAACGCGAUGCAGAUUCCAGAUAAAGAAAUGAGCGAUAUUCUGAACUUGCAAGAAUCGCUGACGCUUCAAGAAAUGCUUGACGGUUUCGAUGUCGUGACGAGCGCCAUGACCAAAUGGUUAGAGACCGCGCAUCUGUGUGUGUUUACUCUAGAGCAAAAUAUCAAGAAAGGAAUAGACGAAGAUACACAGCCAGUAGAAGACGUGGUCAAUCGUAUGGAUCCGUUAAUGGGUUUACUGGUUGAAAUGGGUGAAGCCAUCGAAGAAAAAGAAGAGCAAGAAGAAUUGAGACCAGGUGUCAAAUUGGCUAUUACCAAAAUUCAGUCGGAAUGGUCUGGGCUUCAGCAUUUUUUGACUUCAGUCAAAAAGAGUAUCGAAACAGUCAAUGAAGAAAAGGAGUUGCGCACACUCAUGGAUGACAUUUUGCUGCAAAUCGAUGAUUUGUCUAUCAUGAUUUUCCAAGACAAUGAAAUACUGGAAGAAAUCGAUGCACGUGUUGAGCCAUUGUUUAAUCAUGUCCAGAAAGUAUAUGCGCGUAUGACCACCGAUUCCCCGCUCCCAGACACGACGGGUGUACUAGGUCGCAAGCAUCGUGUUGUGCAAGAGCGUUGGGAAUGUUUGCGUAUCGAGAUCGAUGAGCUCAAGGAAGAACUGAAAGAAGAUCGAUGGCUUGUUGUUUUCCGCCAAGUCGCCGAUCAAGUAGACGUGAUGAUUGAUGGUUUGGACAAGACGGUCGGGCAAUGCUACGCCAUGAUUCAUCAAGCACGAGAAUGGCACGCGGCUCAAACUUCAGCUGCCAUGCCGGGCACGCCGACUGCCCCGACUCCGGUCGAUCCUGGGAAAUUUCGUUCGGUAGAAAAGAAUUUUGAAGCUAAAUACAAAUACUGCGCACCGUCCAUUGCCAAUAUGUUGGCGAAAUUAGGUCAUGGUAUCGCCACCAGAGUCACUCGGAACAAUGCCACUAUACAACGACACGAAGCUAUGGUACAGCGUUGGAAUCAGCUACGCAUUUCCAUGGAUGAACUCCGUAUUCGCGAUUUACCCGACACUGAAAAGCUGCUGAUGAUGGAACGUCCCAUCAGUCCUGCGUGGAAGAGUCACAGCCGCGGAGACGAGAUGGGCCCAGGAAAGAAGGAAGCUUCGUUUAUGAAACCUACCAAAAGCACACUAUCGCGGAAACAAGCCGAAGAGAAACCAUUGCCACGAUCCAAGACGCCUAAUCCACAAUAUCAUCGAUCAAGGGAGACCAUGCCGAAUCGACCCAAAAGCAGUAUGGGGCUUCAGGGAGGUUCAUCCAUGCGGCUGACUACCAAUCAUCCCCGGAUGCGUGCUGAAACACCGGUCAGACGCACAGGCACACCUUCACUUAUUCCGCGGCCAAAGACCCCAUCCAACAGUGAAAUGUAUCGGUCGGCUUCUCCAAGUCUGAUUCCCCGACCAAGAUCGUCAAUGCUCCGAUCUCCUCCGCCCACGAAAUCACGCAUGCAUGGUUUACAAGAACUGGAGAUGGAGGAAGCGGAAGAGGAGGAACGGAUGCGGAUCGCUUUUAGAGAGACCCAUACGUAUGUUGCCAACGCUAAAGAUCCUCUGGACGUUGAAGUGGGUCGAAUUGUGAACGCGAGUCCUAUCACGAUAAAAUGUCAACGAGGUCCACACAGCGGUCAAUAUUACUUUGGGAACGAACUCAGUCCAAGUGGCAACAAAAUCUACACAUGUAAAUUGAUGACCUAUUCCGGUACACGACGGGGCAAGGCCCAGAAUAAGGUGUUGAUUCGAGUCGGCGGCGGUUGGCAGGAGCUUGAAAUCUUUUUAUUGGAGCAUGCGAACCUCAUGGCCAGCGAUGUGGUGGUGCGAUCUUUCUGUACAGUUUAA